UUACUGCUCAGUGUAGUAGGCGUUCGGUUCCAGCGACAGUAAUACUGGGCGUCAACCACGUCCGUGCACUGGCCUGGCAACACAGUUCCGCUCCGGCCCGCUCGACAGCUUCAGGCCUCCGUUUGUAUCAGCGGAAGCAGGCCCUGCAGACCGGUUCAGCGAUAACGAGAGGGAAGCGGGGAUCGAGGGGGCGAGAGAGAGUUGAUAAUGGAGUCACAGAGCGGUAAUCUGGACUACAGGCAUAAAGUGUCAGUGUGCUGUGCGGGAAUUUAAAAGCACUUUGGUCAGCUGAAAGUCAUGUUUGUUGGAGGACCCAAUGAAAGGAAAGAUUAUCAUAUUGAAGAAGGAGAAGAGUUAUUUUACCAGUGGAAAGGUGACAUGUGCCUGAAGAUUCUAGAAAAAGGAAAGCAUAAAGAUGUACACAUUCGAGAAGGAGAGAUGUUCUUGUUGCCAGCACGAAUUCCCCAUUCUCCACAGCGUCAGGCAAACACGGUUGGGCUGGUUUUUGAAAGGACUAGACUGAAAACAGAACUGGAUGCCCUCAGAUAUUACGUAGAAAAUUCUACUGAGGUCCUGUUUGAGAAAUGGUUCUACUGUGACGAUCUGGGUACCCAGCUGGCACCGGUUAUAAGAGAAUUUUUCAACUCUGAAGAAUACAGAACUGGAAGGCCAAACCCAGACAAUUUACGGAAAGAACUUCCAUUUUGUAUAAAUAAUGUCAGUACUGUGAUGGAGCCCUUCUUGUUAAAGGACUGGAUCAGCACCCACCGUCAGGAUAUUAAAAUAAAGCAGGUUGUGGACCUGUUUGGUGACUACUUUGAAACUCAGACAGCGGUAUUUGGUUCUGGACAUAGUGAAGACAAGGGAACUGCAGACUCUUGGAUUUGGCAGUUGGAGGGUACAUCCGUGGUGGUAAUGGAUGGCAAAACUACCAACCUAACAGCAGGAGACAGCCUGCUCGUGCCAGUAAAGACUAAGUACACUUGGAAAAGGGCUGAAGGAACCGUUGCACUUCGUGUCAUUCAGGACCCAGCAAGGAAGAGACCCUAUAAUAAAUAAGGCAUCUUCAUCACAGAAUAACCUUUAUCUAGUUUACUUGAAUAAUUGGAAAUUAAUAUUUAAGAUUGCAAAUACAAAUUUUGGAUAGAUAAAUCCAUUAAUACCAAGGGUUUAAAAUUAUGAAAAGGAAGAGAAACAAUUACAUUAUUCUAUCAAUCAUGUUGUGAACAGAAUUAAAAAUAUUUCAAACAAAUUAGAUCUAACUCAGUUUGCAAUCAAAUAUCUUAAUUGCAAUUCGUUGCUUUGUUGUAAUACUGUAGUAUGUAAUUUGUUAUAGCUAAUUGCAUUGUAUGCAAACUAUGCAAGUAAACUUCUCUCAAUUGUAAAAUAAAAAUCACAAGGUCUGAAAAAUAAAACAACACUGCAACUAUG